AUGGAGGAGCGGACUCCAUCAUUUUCAUCGCCGCAAUCGCCUAAAGUUGACCCCAAUCAGAACCAACUCUGCAAACCCCAAUUGGAAAACAUCAACAAUAAUGGAACCUAUGUUAUCCAAGUCCCUAGGGACCAAGUCUACCGUGUACCUCCUCCGGAAAAUGCCCGAAUCGCUGAGAAAUUUCAGAAAACAACUGCAAAAGUCGGUAGAAAGAGACAAUGUUGGAUCUACGCAAGAAUUGUUAUGUACAUUGGCAUUGUUUUAUGCAUUGGUUGCCUCCUAAUUGGCUUUUACAUCAUGUUAAAUAAGCCUAAGGAUCCAAGAUUCGUAAUCCAACAGUUUAGUUUCCAGAAUGGAACCAACCCAAUAUACAACAUCACUUUACAAGUCCACAAUCCGAAUUCGAAAGCUGGGAUUUUGUACAAAGAAGGGCAGAUUUCCCUCUCGGCAAAGCAACAAGAAAUCGCAUCGGGUGCAUUUCCAACUGUCUUUCAAGAACAUUGUAGCUCAACGACGAUGACGUUAGAAUUGAAAGAGUUGAAAGAUAAUAGCCUACCUAAAGAAGUCCAAGAGAGCGUGACAAAUGUGAACAAGAAAGCGCAUGUCACGUUUUCUUUAACCAUGCAAUUUCAUGCAGGAAUCACAACAUGGCAGUUACGUGGUGGGAAAAAGAAAUACCAUAUUUUGUGCCAAGUAACGGUGGAUUCAUUAACCGAAGACACAAAUAUUUUAUCUCAAGAUUGUCAAACCCUACUAUAA